AUGAGGUCGGGGCAUCACACAAGCUUCACAUCGCCUCAACGAGGCGCAUCUCUCAUGCUCGCUUUCCGACCUAAGCUUACCGUGGUCAUAGGCUCCAAUCGACUAGCUGCUACUCGUGCAUUCGCGGCUCUUGAAGCGGACUCUGCUGUUGUUAUACUAGCUAGAGGAGGUUUCGAAUUUGCUUGUGAAGAGUUACAAUGGAGGUCUACUAAAGAAGAGCUUGAGAUCCUGGAUUUGGAUGAGAUGGUCGGACAGGGACGGGAGGGUUGGGAUGCUGAGUUAGCAGAAGCCUUAGCAUUGGAAAAGUUUCUGGAUAGUCAAUCGCAAGGAUCCGUCUCGCUCGUCUUUAUUACCGAUACUCUUAUUAACGCCGAUACGUCUGAACGACGUUCUCGACGUUCAGCAAGUCAACUCUACGAUGUCUGUCGAGAACGAAAUAUUCCAGUGAACGUUACGGACAUGUCGGAUUUAUGUGACUUCACAGUCUGUGCAACGCAUAGAUUUGUUGAUGGUGAGAGUGGGGAUGCGACGUCUUUGCAAGUGGGGAUUACGACGAACGGACAGGGGUGUAGGCUUGCAGCGCGUUUGAAGAGGGAGGUUGUUGCGAGGCUACCGAAUGAAGUGGGUGGUGCGGUUGAGAAGGUUGGGAGGCUGAGGAGGCUUGCGAAGACUAAGGACCAAGAUCAAAGUGCUACUUCUGCGACGAAUGAUGGAGUGCAAGACGCGGAGAACGAGUUGAACGAGGAGAUAACGGUGACUUCGCCGAAUCGUCCUGUUGAGCAACGUUCACCACGGAACUUGGAAGUGGAUGAAAGCGAGAUGGAGUGCCUGAGGAGACGUAUGAAGUGGGUUGCUCAGAUUAGCGAGUAUUGGUCCCUAGCGCAGUUAGCAGGGUUGACGGAUGUCGACAUGGAGCGCUUACUAGCUGGUGAUCUAUUAUCAACAAACUCCUCAAGCCCAGGCUGUCCAUUUGCUAUCUCACCUCCAUCAUCCCAACACGAUCUCAUCGUAACUCCACCUCCACAAAAAGAACAGGAACAAGGCUGCGUCCUCCUAGUCGGUUCCGGACCAGGCCACCCUUCCCUCCUAACACUAGCCGCCCACUCCGCACUCACAUCUCAAGCCUCCCUCAUCCUCGCAGACAAACUCGUACCCUCCGCCGUCCUCUCCCUCAUCCCACAGCACAUUGAAGUCCGCAUCGCAAGGAAGUUCCCAGGUAAUGCGGAUGGUGCGCAACAGGAGUUGAUGGACCUUGCGCUUGCUGCUGCUCGUUCGGGGAGGACGGUUGUUAGGUUGAAACAGGGUGACCCGGCGUUAUUUGGACGUGUAGGUGAGGAAGUUUUGUUCCUUAGGAAACAUGGAGUGAAGGUACUCGUUAUACCUGGGAUAUCAUCCGCUCUUGCCGCACCGUUGUUUGCGAAUAUCCCGGUUACGCAGCGAGGAGCUGCGGAUUCGCUUGUGGUGUGUACUGGUGUGGGACGUGGAGGUGCGAAGGGACGGGUACCGGGAUAUGAACGUGCUCGGACGGUUGUGUUGCUUAUGGGUGUAGCGCGUCUUGAAAGUCUCGUGAAUUCUCUACUCUCUGGAGACUCUUCUUCAACGACACCGUACCCGCCAUACGUACCCUGUGCGAUAAUCGAACGAGCUUCAAUGCCAGACCAACGCGUCAUCUCCGCGCCUUUACGUGAUAUCAACGCUGCGCUGGAGAGUGCUGGUGAACAGCGACCUCCUGGAUUACUCGUUAUUGGUUGGGCGGUACUUUCGUUACAUGGGGAAGGUGAUAUGAGUGUACUUGAUGAAUGUAAUGGUAUUGAUGAGAAUGGGAAGGAGGUAGUGAGGAGGGAUUUGGAAAGGGUUGAGAGGUGGCUUGAGGGAAGACGGUGGAGGGUUAGUGAGGGGAUUGAUAGGUUGUGGGAUACGUUCAAGGUUCCUGGCUUGGAUAGUUGA